CAAAAAGCAAGGCACAGUAGAGCCUGUUGCGAGACAACCGCUUUUAAUUUGUGGCCUCAAGAUCAGCUCCCCGGCUGAUCAUGAUGUUACUGGGAAUGUCACGAAGACAAUAAGACCUCGUUCUCGCCCUGGCACUCUUGACUAAUUGUUCUCAUUAUUGUCUUUUUACUCAAACCUGCAGCUACGGAAACCUCCCGAUUCUAAUUGUUCGUUAACACUUAUAAAAACCAGUCAAACAGCCUAGAAUGGGGUAGUGCUCUCCCCCCUCUUCUACUCUUCCCAACUUUACGAUCUUUCCCGUGGUUACGGUCGGAGGAUGGUCAAGUCGAGUUUACUUGUGUACGCGUUGGCCAACGUGAUACACUCGAUUGGUGCUUUGGAUCUACCAAGUUCCUCUCCACACAACUAUUCUGAUAUACCAUCUGUACCGUUGGGCCCUGAAUGGCAGCGUUAUUUCCAAGUAACCCAACCACUUCCUAAUAUCACCUUCCCUCUUAAUCGCCAUUUCGCGGGCAACAUACCUGUUGAUCGUGCAGGACAUCCAAACAAUACGUUAUUCUUUUGGGCGGUUGAGAAAACAGAGGGUUCACUGACGUCUCCGGCGGGUCCGGGAGGCGAUAGUCCAGCGCCAUGGGGAAUUUGGUUGAAUGGGGGUCCGGGAUCCUCAAGCUUGGUCGGACUUCUGUAUGAGAACGGGCCAAUUAGGCUCGGUCCUGAUUAUGGAGCAUCCGAAAACAAGCAUAGCUGGCAUCAAAUUGCGGAUUACUUCUGGGUGGAUCAGCCUGUGGGAGUCGGUUUUGCAACGACUGAUUCUGAUGGUUAUGUGGCCGACGAAGAUCAGAUUGGGCAAGAUUUUAUGGGAUUCUUGGGCAACCUCCUCAAAGUCUUCCCCAACUUGGCUGGCAGGCCACUUCAUAUUACUGGUGAAAGUUAUGCUGGUCAAUACAUACCAUACAUCAUGAAAGCUUACUUCGGAAUGGCAAAUCCCCCGGUCAAGAUCGGUGGCAUUGCCAUCGGUGACGGUACGCUCACUUCAGAACAGGUCUUCAGCUUGGCCCCCGCUAUGCAAGUAUUGGAGACACUCCCUCAGCUUAUAGCAUAUGAUACCGAAGUAUACAAAUACUUUAAAGAACAGAACCACCUAUGUGGGUACGACCUCAACCUCACAUAUCCUCAAAGUGGAAACUUCCCCACCGUACCACUUAGAGGACCAACUAGUCGCGAUAUACCUAUGCAACAACAAAUGGCUGCCAAAUCAUUCAAAACGCUUCUCGCCGGAAAGAUCAUCGAACGAUCUCAGGAGUUGAAGGCGAGAAGCAAUGGACACAGGCUGAUGAAGCGAGAAGUAGAAACUGCGAGAAAGAUGUGGAUAAAUAACAAGAGAGACCUAACAGGAAGGGUAAAUGGGUCUCUUGAUCCUUGGUAUGGAUGUUUCAUUUUGGACGAACUCGUGGAUUACGCUCUCAAUUACACGUACCCGUGGAAUUCUGGAGGUUUCGACAUUUACAAUGUUCAAGACGCCCUCAGCCCUUCCCCUUCGAUGGAUGGUAGCGUUUGGUUGAACGAUAACCGCACUCGCACUGCGCUCCACGCCCCUCUAAACAAGGACUGGAGUUUAAGUAUUGAAACACCUUUCGGAAAGAACGGAGAUACCGAUCCCAGUGUCGAGCCGAUGGCAUUCCUCACUGAGCUGGCCACAAAUGCGACUGCCAAAGGUGUUUCAAUAGUCUUGUACUCCGGGAACAACGAUGCCUUGAUUCCUCAUUUUGGUACCGAAGUCGCCAUUCAGAAUACAACGUUCGGAGGAAUCCAGGGCUUUACUAAAAAGCCAUCUACACCAUGGUAUGACGACGAAGGCAAAUUUGCAGGAAUCAUCCAUCAAGAGCGUGGAUGGACGUAUGGAUUGUUCGCUGAUGCAGGUCACCUCAUCCCCGCUGAUAAACCCUCUCAAGCUUUAACCUUCGCUCGCGAAUUUAUAUUUGGCCAGAACCAAACUGGUCUUGUACGACCUGAUGGAACUGUUGUGGGUGGACAGGACCCCAAACUAUCAAACGACAUUUUACCUGGCUCUCCGGAAGUCUACUUCGGAAAAAGCGUAACGCAGGGAACCUAUGUUUUCCCGACAGCUACGAGGAACGCCUGGAAUGCAUUUAUGACGGGUGAAGCCAGGACCACGUUAAAUGCGAGUAGUAAUGGUGCAAUCCACGUACACAGUGAGAUAUUCAUGGUCGUGACGACGGUGCUAUUGUUGCUUUCAACGCUGUGACGAUUUUGAUUCUUGUUUUCUCUUUUUUUCCUGAUGAUGCAUUGUUGAUACCCCAUUAGAAUUCCGCACGUAUUUAUUCCUAGUUAUGAUUAUUUACCAGCGAUACUUUUAUGUACAUAUACUGGCGGUUUCAGUUUUGACAACUGGGCUUGUUACACUGUAAAACUACACAUUUUUAAUCAUGUAAAAUGUCGCAUAUCUUGGGGAGUUGGAUGUUGUUAAAAAUGAUGUAUAUGUCAAGGUUUACUCAGAGUCAUUGACCA